UGUACUUUAACGUUGCCUGCAUAUAUUACUAGAGUAAUCCAUCAUCACGUAUUAAAGGCGAAUAUGUAUUUUCGAGCUUUUUUUUAUAUAUAAUUCCCUUCGAUAGAUAGGUUCCUCCCUUUGAGACUUCCUAACAUCUGGUACGACCCCGAAGAGAAAAUAUCUAGGCAUCACAACCAGCAAGCGACACGAAAAAAAAUGAAACUCUUCAACCCGAUUUCCAUCAUCCUUUAUGGCCUCCUGUGCCAGUCCCAUAUUGCACUGUCGGAAGAUCCUCCUUUGCCUCCGUGGUAUCCCCUCAAGCCUUGGGAAUUAUCUUCAUUCCAUUACCGCAGCCCCCGUGUCGGCCCAUACGGCACCAAUGCCACGAGUCUAAAUAUCACCAUCUCAAAUCCUAGCAGAAUACCGGCGGGACCUGCACCACACGCCUCGGGGGGUGGUUAUAUUGUUUUUAGCAACAGUACCGCGCAGUGUUCAGUGCACUGGAAAUUCGAUGACAGGACACCGUACGGAUAUACUAAGGACAUCUGCUCCGCUCCAACGUCUGGCGGGACGACGCCUAACUGGAAUAUAACGAUUAAUGAAAUUCAGCCCGGCUAUUACAUGGAUUACUCUUUUUCGCUUGCGUACCAUCUGAACGCGUAUGGAAACGGUUUUUAUAAGUUGUUAUCGGGACAAAUUCGUCUCCAGCCCGAAAAAGACUUGGAGGGCGGAUGCGAUGAGAAUGACAUCUGCUCGUAUGCUUUGAAGAAUGGAAGUGCCCCGCUUUUGAUACAACCGGUAUUGGCAGAAUGCAGAUAUGCUUGUGGAUAGACUAUUUAUUGUAUAGACUUGUCGGGGUUUCGACAAUUGACGAGAAACAACAAGCUUGACUGGAAGUUUUCAAAAUGUCCCGAUAAGAAAUCAUCCACAGGACCCCUUUUGUCAAGGGAUCCUGUGAUAGAGUCUUACAUCUCGGCAAACAAUAUCUCUUCUUGAUUUAGGGCGCACUAUGUUAAGCUAGAAACCAGAUAAGCACCUUAGGUGGUAGUAGGUAGUUAGAUCAUGAACCAACCCCCGGUCAUAACAAUCAUGAGCGGGGUUAGCCAAAGAUAAGACACAGCUAUAUCAGUGAGGAGAUGCCCAAGUCGAAUAAGGUGAUUCGGC